CCACCGCCGAGUUGUGCUAAUGGACGAGCCGUCAACGACAACAACUUUAAAACAGGCUUUAAAAACCCACUUCGGGUUCAGUGGCUUUAGAUCUAAAGUGCAGGAAAAUGUUAUCAAAGCGGUUGUGCGAGGUGACAAGGAUGUGUUUGUAUGCAUGCCCACUGGGGCAGGAAAGUCUCUGUGUUAUCAGCUGCCUGCUGUCCUGGCUGAAGGCAUCACUUUAGUCAUCUCCCCACUAAUUGCUCUCAUUCAGGACCAAGUGUUCCACUUGAGGUCUCUGAACAUCCCUGCUCACUCCAUCAACUCCAAGCUGGCAGUAGGGGAGCGCCGUGCGAUUCUCGCCGACUUACAGAGCAGGAGCCCAAAGCUGAAGCUACUGUACAUCACUCCAGAGAUGGUAGCUUCUCCAUCAUUCCAGCCUUACCUGACUGACUUGUGCUCCCGAGGCCUCCUGUCCUACAUGGCCGUGGACGAGGCUCACUGUGUUUCCCAGUGGGGUCACGACUUCAGACCCGAUUAUCUCAAACUGGGUGAUCUGCGUUCUCGCAUUCCGGGGGUUUCCUGCAUAGCGCUCACGGCGACAGCGCCCAAAAAUGUUCAAGAGGAUAUUAUUCAGUCGCUGAAGCUGCGUCUGCCGCUGUCUUUCACGACGCCGGUUUUCCGCUCAAAUUUGCACUAUGAUGUCAUCUUCAGCGAGAUUCUUCCCAACCCUUACAUUCAUCUCCAUGCCUUCAUACGGAAGGCACUGGCUCUUGGCAGCGGCUCCAAUGGACAGGGCUGUGGGAUUGUGUACUGUCGGACCAGGGAGGGCUGUGAAACCGUAGCCUACCAGCUUACCAAACUUGGCGUCUUAGCAAAGCCAUAUCACGCUGGUCUAAAGACAGAAGAUCGCACAGAGGCCCAGAACGACUGGAUGCAGGGCAAAGUGAUAGUUAUUGUGGCUACCAUCAGCUUUGGGAUGGGUGUAGACAAGGCCAAUGUAAGGUUUGUCGCUCAUUGGAACCUUGCAAAGUCCAUGGCCAGCUACUACCAGGAGUCCGGCCGAGCAGGCCGAGACGGACUGCCAUCCUUGUGUCGCAUUUACUACUCCCGGAAAGAUAUGGAGCAAAUUAAAUUCCUCAUCCACAAGGAGGUUGCACGUAAACAGGAAAAACGCAACUCUGUAAAAGAAUCAGACAAAGCAGCCAUCACGGACCUUGGCGCCAUGGUGUCAUUUUGCGAGCAGGAAAGUUGCCGCCAUGCCGCCAUCUCCAAGUUUUUCGGUGACAAGCCACCAAACUGCUCGGGUGCCUGCGACUGCUGCUCUAACCCCAAAGUUGUGCGAGCCCAGCUGGAGAGGUUGUCGGCCCUCAACACCGCCAUCAAAGCUCAGAGCAAAGAGUCCAGUGGCCCGUUUGGUUUCAACCUGAACGCCUACGAGGGAGGGAGUAAUGGAUAUGGCUUUGAGAGGUUUGACGAAGGUGACGGCUUUCUUGAAGAUGACUCCAAGAGGAAAAAAGAGUUCUCGGAGUUCUUCAAGAAGCAGAUGAUGCUCAGGAAGGGAUCUGCCACUCAAACGGACAACUUCAUUCCUCCAGAUGACGACUGCCCCCUCAGAGAGGCCAACAGUCAGAGGAUCCCCAGGCUCACCGUGAAGACCAGAGAGCACUGCCUGUGCCUCCUGCAGGAGGCCUUAUACGGCCACCAGGGGGCAGACGACCCGUUCAGCUCUCAUCUGUCCCUAGCUGUGGAUAUCGAACACGAGGUGUUCAAGAGCAGCAAGUCUUCCAACUUGUACAAAGCGGCGAUCUUAAAGAAGGCGGCCGAGAUGAAGAAAGCGCCCGCAGUAACGGAGGAGAAGAACUGCAGCGGGAGCGAGGAGGCGGCGUCCUCUGCGUCCUUGCCUGAGGACCUGCAAGGGUUCAAAUCUGCAUCCGAGGUCUACUCCAUGAAGCGUAAGAGAGUUGGGGCAGGCCACAGCGGCUUGUGCAACCCCCACCUGGCUGCCAAGGAUCUUCUGAAGCCCUGCAUGGCGGACAGCACGUCUGAUGAGGGGACGCCAGGUGGAAGCUCAGGUGGCGUGCGCGAGGAGCUAGUAAGAAAAUGGAAAGAUAAGGUCGUGCCUCUAACAUCAUCCAGCCCAGCCACAGCAACACCAUCCUCCCUCUCCGCCUCGAGUAGCCCAAUGAAGCGAGGCAGAGCUCUCAGCAAGAAGCAGCAAAAGCUGGCAGAAGCGGCAAAAAGCUCCCGCAGCAUCUCACAAUAUUUUGAGAAGACUCAAGCCACGAUGGAGCCGGACAACCAAACUGCUGCCAUGAGUCCGGAGAAAGAGGAGGAGAUAAACCAGGAGCCUGAAGAUGGCGCUGUGGAGCCAGUCACCCUGGAUGGGAAGCAAGCAGAAACCAAACCAGAAGUCAUUGUGAUCGAUGAUGGCGGUGAUGAUGACGCGGUUGAAGAGACUUCAGAAGUGAAUAAUCUGCAGUCCAUCACAGAACAGGAAACAACCGAGGAAGACCACGCUGCAUCUGCGACACAAGAGGCGGGCGUUUCGGAAGGCAAAAAAGAGCAGCCUCCUCCGGCGAAGCGAGGCCGUCCGUAUGGGCGAGAGGAGAGUCGCCGGAAAGUAACCUUUGACCCCACCGUGCAGCAGAGAGUAUUGCAGGAUCCGACGCCGACCGUGACGCUGAAAGAGGCCGCUGACGUGGUGGUCCGCUAUCUGGAUCCGUUUUACACUCGGGGGAAAUUUGCUAACAAGGACCUGUUCAAGUCCUUCGCUCGCUUUUUGUCUCACCUUCUCACCGAGGGAGGGAGCCUGGGAAAGGGUCAAGUCAAAGCGGAGGCCAAGACGCUGAUUAAGCAGUUCUUCCAGAAGGUGAAACGCUGCGAGAGGGAGGCCGACUGGAAGCACCUUAAAAGACCGGGUUACUGUAAAACCGCACCCAAUCAGGAAUGAUGGGAGAGGAAAUGAAUAUUUUAGGGCUUCCUCUUUAUUAGUGCCUAUCUUAUUCCUGUGAGCUCAGGUUUCAGCACACGCGCUCGCUGAUGCAGCCUGGCGUACGCUAGCAAUACGGGCGCACUCACAUUAGGACGUUGACACCGAGCUGGACCAGGGCGCCGCAUCUCUGACUUCCUGUCAUUCUCACCGUUUCUGUCGUGCAAGCGUUGGCGUGGGAUUGGACUUUUGGAUUAUUUGGAGUCUGUAUUUCAUUUCUAGUAGCAAAUGUGCUGGUUAUCAUUGAGAACGAUGCUGAAGUUGACGUGCUGGCUGUGGGUGUAAAGUGGGCUCAAGCACGGUCGGCCUGGUGUGAGUACGCCCUAAAACUCUACAAUGUAGUUUUGCUUUUAGCUUUCCCAUCCAACUCAGUGAUCAGUUUAAGUUUGCACUUGAUGAACGCAGUAAAUAUGAAAGACGCAGUAACGUGAAUAACGUUUUUCAUAUUGUAUUGUUUAUAUUUAGUGUUCUAAUAGUGUCUUUUUAUUGCUGCUAUAUUUCACUUUGACUGACUUCAACACAGAUACAAUUCAUUUGAUACUUUGGUAGUAUUUUGUGUUAGAGGCAUAAAAGGCCUGUGGAUGAAAGCCAAAUAUGGAACCUUUUUCCCCCCGAAGUCGUCAAUAUUUGGAAUAAAGAAUGCACACAAACGGAACAAACCCAGCCCGGUUAGGCGUGUGAUGUGAUUAGUGUUGAUUAAUAACGUCCUCGGUGUGUUUGUGUUUGGGGUGAUGGUGGUGCUGCCUAGCUAGCGGUGACGUCACCUCCAGUUGUGCUGCCUUCACGGGCUGCUCGUCAUAUUCCAAUUUAGCUUUAAUUUAUUUUGAGGUACACGGAAUGGAGUCAUCAAAUAUCCAAAUAUUUCUCAAUAACAUGAUUAGUGAAGAAUUACGAUCAAAACGAGACGUAUGUGUACAUAUGAA